AUGGGAUUUCGUCGAGGUCGCUCUUGUAUUGACAAUAUAUUCUGUCUGCGCCAAAUAAUCGAGAAACGUCCUGAACGCCGCGCGCCAUUUUACAUUAGUUUCGUUGAUUUCAAGGCUGCUUUUGAUUCGGUCAAUCAUGCAGCAUUGUGGAUUGUCUUGGAAUCAUAUGGCAUACCUUCUGGUCUUGUGCAAGUUAUUUCCAAUUUGUACAAAGGUGCGCGAUGUGCAGUUCGUGUCGAUGGCCAACUGACGGAUUGGUUUGACGUAAGCACUGGUGUUAGACAAGGAUGCGUACUGUCGGGAAUUCUGUUUGCUGUGAUAUAUGAUUAUGUGAUGCGAUGUGCCUCCUCAUGUCCUGAGGCUGGGAUUGAUAUGCGGCGACAAGAUGAGACGCGACGUCGUAUUCUAUCGGACCUUGCCUAUGCGGACGAUAUUGCGUUGUUUGCCGAAUCGCCCGAGAAACUUCAGAUAUAUAUGGAUGUAAGUUGUCUUUCUCUUAAUGACGAGUGA